AUGAAGAGAUUAACUUUGAAUUUUCAGGUCACCUUUUAUGAGGACAGGAACUUCCAGGGUCGCUCUUAUGAGUGUAUGGGUGACUGUGGUGACUUCUCCUCCUACCUGAGCCGCUGUCACUCUUGCAGAGUGGAGAGCGGAUGCUGGAUGAUGUAUGAUCGUCCUAACUACACGGGAAAUGGGUAUUUCUUCAGGAGGGGCGAGUACGCUGAUUACAUGUCUAUGUUUGGAAUGAGCAACUGGAUCAGGUCCUGCCGUAUGAUCCCCAUGUACAGGGGAUCCUACAGAAUGAGGAUCUACGAGAGGGAGAACUUCAUGGGUCAGAUGUACGAGCUGACGGAUGACUGUGACAGCAUCAUGGACCGUUACCGCAUGCCUCACUGCCAGUCCUGUCAUGUGAUGGACGGCCACUGGCUCAUGUAUGAGCAGCCCCACUACAGAGGCAGGAUGUGGUACUUCAGGCCUGGAGAGUACAGGAGCUUCAGCAAUAUGGGUGGCAUGAGAUUCAUGAGCAUGAGGCGUAUCAUGGACUCCUGCUACUAGGGUUUCAAUAAAAUUAUUUUUCUAAAACACUAAACAUUGCGCCUGCAAAAUCUUUACUGUCCCUAAUAUGUGCAUGUCUAAUCAAUCAUAAAAAAAUAAAAUAAAAAAAAAACUAAUGAAUUAAACAGACUAACAAAUAAAAUAUAUAUAUAACAAAAAAAAAAAAAAAAAAAAAAAAAAAAAAAAAUAUAUAUAUAUAUAUAUAUAUAUAUAUAUAUAUAUAUACACACACAUUACAAAAAUACAGCAUAUAUAAACAGUGAUUCUUUCAGUGUAGAAAAUAAUCUAUAAUCUAAUCAACUGAUUCAAAUACCAUGUGGCUGAAUUUUUAUUUUUUUAUUAGAACUCUUUGCAAUAGAUAGGGAAAAUCAUUUUCACUGCAUACAAGGGUCUAUUUCAUGCUUUUAAGAGCCAUCCAAAGAAAACAAUAAUGGGUAAAACAUCUACUAUAAAGCAAAAUUACAAAUGUUGCUGGC